UGGUAGCCGAACAAAGGGGUCGCGUUUGUGUGUACGUUUCCAUGGAAAGGAGUCAGGCGGACACAUGCACGCACGUAGUUUAUCGUGUGAGCUGUGAUACAGAUACUUCGUCCAGUUUAUCAGGAGCUAUCAGCGGAGCCAGACAACGGCUGCGGAAACGAGCGACUGAUGCUUCUUUACUACAAACUUGACUACAUCACCAAGAUACGCCUCCUGUAUUCAUGGACAAGCAACUACAAGAAGACCUUUAAACUCCUGACUCAGUAGAUGUGGAACAUUUUCUCUGGUUGAAGAUUUUUCAUUUUGGAAUAGAAGAAGUGAAAUCUUUUGGAGGUCAGACCAAACAUUAGGUCAAGUGAAGAAAACGGGGAAGUAAUUUGAACUGCUAUAUCAGAGCUGCUCACCUAACGCAUAAAGAGAACCGAGACGCUGAUGAAACAACUUUAAGAGAAGAUGAAUCGCUACACCACCCUGAAGCAGCUGGGUGACGGCACCUAUGGCAGCGUGCUGAUGGGGCGAAGCAACGAGUCUGGAGAACUCGUGGCUAUCAAGAGGAUGAAGAGAAAGUUCUACUCAUGGGAAGAAUGUAUGAAUCUAAGGGAAGUCAAGUCUUUGAAGAAAUUGAACCAUGCGAAUGUGGUGAAACUAAAGGAGGUUAUCAGAGAGAAUGAUCACCUCUACUUUGUUUUUGAGUACAUGAAAGAAAACCUGUAUCAGCUCAUGAAGGACAGAAGAAAAUUGUUUCCUGAGUCAGUGAUAAGAAACAUAAGCUAUCAGAUUUUGCAAGGCCUGUCAUUUAUUCACAAGCACGGUUUCUUCCAUCGAGACAUGAAGCCAGAGAACCUGCUGUGCAUGGGUCCAGAACUGGUUAAAAUAGCCGACUUUGGACUGGCCAGAGAGAUCCGCUCCAAACCUCCUUACACAGAUUAUGUUUCAACAAGAUGGUACCGCGCUCCUGAGGUGUUGCUAAGGUCGUCUACUUACAGCUCGCCUAUUGAUCUAUGGGCUGUGGGAUGCAUCAUGGCUGAACUUUACACCCUUAGACCUCUUUUUCCUGGAAAUAGUGAAGUGGAUGAGAUCUUUAAGAUCUGCCAAGUUCUGGGCACCGUUAAAAAGAUGGAUUGGCCAGAGGGACACCAACUGGCAUCUGCCAUGAAUUUUCGCUUCCCCCAAUGUGUGCCGACCAACUUGAAGACCCUUAUUCCAAAUGCCAGCAAGGAGGCUAUUGCACUGAUGCAGGACUUUCUGCAGUGGGACCCUAAGAAAAGGCCCACCGCUGUACAGGCCUUGCGGUACCCUUACUUCCAAGUAGGCCAGGUGUUGGGGCCUCGUCCUCAGAGCCAAGAGGCGAAGAAGGUCCAAGCUCGUCCGAUGGUUCAGAAGCAGCUCUCUGAGUCAAAGACGGAUCCCCAGCAAUCAUCGUCAGACUCCAAAGCUUCCGCAUCUCCAAGAAACUAUUCGCAGCAUCAGCCUCUUCAGCAGAUCCCAAUGCCUCAGGUUGACAGUAAAACCGACGGCAUCAGCCUCGCAAAGGCGACAUCAAUGGGCAGUGAAAAUGCUGUGGGCGGCAGCGGGAUGGGGCUGCUGAAGAGUGGUCGUCGUCGCUGGGGUCAGGCAGUAUCCAAGGCAUCAGACAGCUGGGACGAAUCCGACCAAUCGGAGACCGCUGCCUCCAACUCCAAGAAACCCACCCUGGGGACUGCAGAGGGGGAUAGGAAGCAAGACCACUGCUCACAGCCCAAAGAGCAAAAACCUCUAUAUUCAUUCAGCACAGUUACAAAAAUUCCCAGCAAUGUUAAAGUUGGCCAAACGGAUUAUAAUCUUCCUGGAUCAGCUGCACGGCAGCACUAUCUUGGCCAGUCUCGCUACCUACCAGGUUUAAUUGGGAAGAGUCAGAUUUCCUCUGGAGAGAAGGAGUUGGGUGCAAUGACAUUGCGGGACCUGUGGGAGAACUCCUCAAACGCUGUAAAUAAACCACUUUGCCCUAUUGGAGGAGGGUUAGCCGUCACCAGAGCUAACGCAGAAGAGAAUGCCACUAAAUCGGUGGAUAGUACCCCAGAGAAAACUGUUGUCAAAGAAAGAAUAUUGGAGAAAAUUGAUCUGUCUAAAGGGAACUUUGUGAGCACCAAGUACAACCUCUCCAGCGGCUACAUCCCUUCUUUCCAGAAGAAAGAGGUUGGGACGGUGGGACAGAGAAUCCAGCUCGCCCCUUUGGCUGGCCAGCACUCGAUCAAUCUUUCUUCUAAUUCUUCUCCUGAUCAUAAAAAAGAAAAGACCAAAUCUACAAAACUCAAGCCCAUUUCCAACUCUUCACUGAGUGAAACUAAUGAAGAUUUCGAGGGCUGGAAGAGGCGGGCAGACAGGACUCAGGUGAAGGGCAGCAGCUUUUCGGCAUUGGGGAAGACGUCUGGUAAUCUCCUGAGCAGAGCUCCUGCGGUGCAGCCAGUUCACGGCCGGGUCGACUGGACGUCUAAGUACGGCGGAAACCGGUAAUCCAAGGAAACGGGGCACAACGACAGUCUGCUGUCCUUGGGGUUUGUGUCCUCGUCUUUGAUAACUAAAUAUAAAUGCUGAGCAGUUUUUGCCACCUAACUCGUCAACCACGCAGGAUAAAUACGUCACACCAAUAUGUGGUAAACCAGCUUGUACAUGUUUGCCAAUACUGCUAGGGAGUCUCAAAGUAUUCUUUAGGGAUCCAGUAUGAGCAAGUCCAAUUGUUAAUGCUUGCAUAUGUUUAAGUAUUUGAAUGCAUCAGAGAGAUGUACCUUUUUAAAAAACUUUUUAUUUUGUUGUAAAUAACCGUUUGUCAAGAAGUCUGUAAAGCUAAGUUCUGUUUUUGUUUUUAGGUAACAGUUGUGAAGGAUUCUCUUGAUACUGUAGAGCAACUCUUGGACUCUUUGUAUCAUGCAAUGAAAAAAGAAAAAUGUAACGUUUUGUAUUUAUUUUAUACUAAUAAACAUGUAGAUGUUCAA